CUCAAGACUAUUCAAGGAAAACAUUGAAAGCAUUCCGCAAAUAAGGAAGUCAGCAGAAUUAAAGGCGCCCCUGGAUGUGAAGUUUGUUCAAGCCUCAUCUAACAAUGGGUAUCUCAUUGACCCUGUUAGCGCUUGCUUGCGUCCUAAGGUUGAGCCUGGCAGUUUAUGUACAACAAUCGACCUCAGGCCCUGAUGGUCACCAUGUGAAAGCAUGCCCUCAAGGAUGUCAGUGCUUUCAUGAUGAUAUGACAGCAACCUGUGCAUUCAAAAGUUCUGCCAGUUACAAGCUUGACACCUUGUCACCAUGGAAACUGUUAGAACUUAGUAUCCAUAGCAACACUUUGUCAGGAAGUGAUGACAGUUCUCUGUACGAUUUGUUGUUCAAAGGAGUCUCAGUUACAGACAACAAUGUCAAACGUAUAUUUUCAAAAUUACAAACACUUGAAGUGAAAAAUAUUCCUUUAAAGAAAAUCUCAGAAAAUGAUUUGGUACACUUCCCUAAUCUUAAAGAGCUAACUUUAUCUGGGAAUAAAAUAAAGUAUAUAGAGCCAAAGGCGUUCCGAUGGUUGGGAAGUUUGCUACAAUUAAAUCUUGACGGAAAUGAACUAGCAGAGUUACCACAGGCACUAUUCCAAGGACUAAAUUCUUUAAAAUCACUUAAAUUGAACAAAAAUAGUUUAAGAAAUUUGCAAUCAAGCAACUUCAAUGGUCUUCAUAACUUGGAAACAUUAAAUGUUAACAGUAACAUGUUGCAACAAGUGGAGAAUUUCUUAUUAGGACUUAACAUAUCCUCUCUAAGGUCUCUUGAUAUGAGCAAUAACUUGUUGAGCUACAUCACAAACAAUUCUUCCUACCUGUUGUCUAAUUUUGCCAGCGUGGACAUCAGCCGGAAUAAGUUCCAGUGCACGUGUGCCUUGCAAACUCUGAUUGAGGUGUACCAUCGUAAUCAAACGGUCUUUAAGGGGGAGACGACAUGCGCUGGCCCCGCAGAGGUUAUGGGAUUUAAGUUUAGGGAUUUGAAUGUGUCAACUCUGCCAUGUAGAGGUGCUACUGUGGAAAGCAUUUCGCAACAUGCUGAAGUGCUAUAUCAGUCUGACUUUUCGCUAGAUUGCCAGGUCAGUGGGGAUUUGCCAAGAGUCGUGUACUGGAUAACGCCAUGGGGUGACAUGUUUACACAUGACUCAAGCAAGGUCAUGUUUCCUGGCAAAUAUGACCACAUGGUUUCAAACGCAGUUUACAGCAAACUGAACGUUAUUCUCACAUCUGAAGUGUUUAUCGAUUCCAACAACAGUUUGCAUAUUCAUGCUUUCCGAGGUUACUUCUCUGGGGAGCAUAUUUGUGUGGCAGAAAAUUUGGUUGGAAGUUCAAACAUGUCUGUCAGUCUUGCCAUUAGAUUAGAGCUGAAAGCUGUUUACAUAAGCAGCGUCUUCAUUGGUGCUUAUACCUCAGGUGCAAUUCUAGGCCUUGGAACGAUCAUUGGACUCCUGCGUCUUUUCGUCCACAAAUACUGCCAUUCCCAAGGCUGCAACUGCUGCUGCUGUUCUCACGACGAGCUGGAUGUUGUGAGCAAACACAAAACUGAUAACGGUGAUAUUGAAGUAACUUACGCUCACAAUGAAAGCAUAGGAUACAUCGACGACGAUGAGGACGAAUCUCCCAGCCCUAGUGAUCCGGGGUCGCCCCCAGAGGUCCCUGUGAAUUCUCCGAAUGUAAGGGGCUCUCCCAGCAAGUGUCAGACCCCUGGGGAGACAGAGGAACAAGAAAAGGGGUCACAGGACAUCUGGUCACAGCUGGAUGAAGUGAGGUCUCGACUCAAGUACGGGGCUGGCAAGAAAAUUGAGAAGGUCCGGUCACAUGUGAGGUCCAUCACAGAUACAGGCUCGUUGAAGAUCCGUGAAAUCAAGGACGCAGGCAGUAUGAAGAUCCAGUCCAUCAAGGAGACCAGUUCCCAUGCAGCCCAUGUCGCAAGGAAGACUGUCGUCAGUGGCAUGGAACAGGUGAAGUACAGUGUUCAGUCCAUGAAAGAGUUCUGUGGGACUGGCGACAUGGGACCGGGAACCAUCUCCAUGGUGUCUGUAUCCACGGACGUGGACACCACAGAAACAGUCAAGAUUGUGCGCUCUCACACCUUCGUGUGAACACAGUUGUCAUGGAAACAUGCACAUUUUCAAUUGUUACAAAACAUUCAUUCAGACUUGUUCUGGGAAAAUUGGGCAUAAUGCAGGUGCGUAAAGUGUUAUGCCACUUUAGCCUCUACACAGGCUAAUAUGGGAUGACCCAUUUUUGCCUGAACUUGAUUUUUUAUUUGAAGAAACUUCUUUUAAACAAAAAAAUGCCAUAAAAGCUGAAAGUGUCGUUCCUGAUGAGCCUGUGCACACUGCACAGGCUAACCUGUGAUAACAUUUUUCAGCAUUAAGCCCAGUUUACCCAGAGCGGUUAAAUAAUUAUUUUUUAUUCUGAAUCCACAAACAUAUCUUGAUUAAUUUUGUUAAUUUGAUUUGAACUCAAGCAAGGUCAAUAACACAUACAAACUGGCAUUUUGUUGGUGCAUCUGGUAUUCUGUCAGUUUUUCAUACACUGGAAUGAUUGUAACAGCCAAUCUGUUUGAUAUCCACUUAACUUGAGUAGGGCUAGACUUUAAGUGAAAUAGAAGGGUGCUGCACUCUGCUCCUUUUGGUGUCCCCAUUAUGUUCUUCUAGGUUGUUCAAUACGAAAAGGAAGAAAUCUUUUAAAAUUGAGAAUUAUUUUUUUUUUGAAACAAUACUAGGGUAAAUGGAUUAACUUUGCUUUAAACUCUUAUUUACAUGUGUAAGACUAAGACCCUAUAUAUAUUUUAGUAUAGCACUGGGAAAAUGGGGCUUUAUGAAUGUGAGUAAAGUGUCAUCCCAGAUUAGCCUGUGAAGUUUGCACAGGCUAAUCCGCCAUGACACUUUCAGCUUUUUUGUUCUCUUUGGUUUGAAGUCCCCUUUUAUCAAAAAUCAAGUUAAAGCAGAAAGUGUUUUUCUCUGAUAAGCCUGUGCAGACUGUACUGGCUAAUCUGGAAUGACACUUGACGCACAAAGUUGCACAUACAUUUAGCUGAUUUUUAGCCAGAGCAUGACUAAUAUCUAUUCAAGUACCGGAUAAUGUCACAAGUACCGGAUAAUGUCACAAGUACCGGAUAAUGUCACAAGUACCAGAUAAUGUCACAAGUACCGGAUAAUGUCACAAGUACCGGAUAAUGUCACAAGUAUAGUUCAUCUUUCCUACCUGCCCCUUGUGAGUACUUCAGCAUCUUGAACCUUUGGCAAUCCAAGAUCUCUACUUCAAUUAAUGUUUUACGUUAGCUGCUGAUACUUUUUAGACUUAUGCAAUUCCCGUUGUACAUAUUUUUUGUUCCAAACACAUACAAUGAACACUGUAUUAUGUGAAUUUGGAAUAAGACAUCAAACUGGGAAUGGGCAUCAUUUUGAUGAUUUUCUCAAACAAACUAUUCAUUUCAUGAUCUGUAUUUAUUUUUGUACUAUUUUAUGUAUACUUCAAGCUUAAUAAGCAAUUUUCUAUGACUUUUUCAUUAACAGUGAUUGUUUUCAUGCGCCGCAGUUUCAUUUUAUUAGGAUUUUUUAGCUCACCGUUGUGCUCAUGGGCUCAUGGUGAGCUGUUGUGAUCACCUUUUGUCCGUCGUCCGGCGUCAACAUUUGCCUUGUUAACACUCUAGAAGCCACAUUUAUUGUCCAAUCUUCAUGAAAUUUGGUCAGAAGAUUGGUCUCGAUUAUAUCUUGGAUGAAUUCGAAAUUUGUUACGUUUGCUUGAAAAACAUGGCUGCCAAGGGUCGGGGCAUUUUUCCGUAUAUGGCUAUAGUAAAAUCUUGUUAACACUCUAGAGGCCACAUUUAUUGUCUGAUCUUCAUGAAACUUAGUCAAAAGAUUUAUCCCAAUAAUAUCUUGAAUGAGUUCGAAAAUGAUGUCGGUUGGUUGAAAAACAUGGCUGCCAGGGGGCGGGGCAUUUUUCCUAAUAUGGCUGUAGUAAAACCUUGUUAACACUCUAUAGAGGCCACACUUAUUUUCCGAUCUUCAUGAAACUUGGUCAGAAGAUUUGUCCCAAUGAUAUCUUGGAUGAGUACCAAAAUGGUCUUGGUUGCUUUAAAAACAUGGCCACCAGGGAGCAGGGCAUUUUUCCUUAUAUGGCUAUAGUAAAACCUUGUUAACACUCCAGAGGCCACAUUUAUUGUCCAAUCUUCAUGAAAUUUGGUCAUAAGAUUGGUCUCAAUGAUAUCUUGGAUGAGUUUGAAAAUAAUUAUGUUUGCUUGAAAAACAUGGCUUCCAAGGGGCGGGGCAUUUUUCCUUAUAUGGCUAUAGUAAAAUCUUGUAAACACUCUAGAAGCCACAUUUAGUGUCCGAUCUUCAUGAAACUUGGUCAGAAGAUUCAUCCCGAUAAUAUCUUGGAAGAGUUAAAAAAUGAUGCCGGUUGGUUAAAAAACAUGGCUGCCAGGGGGCGGGGCAUUUUUCCUUAUAUGGCUAUAGUAAAACCUUGUUAACAGUCUAGAGGCCACAUUUAUUUUCCGAUCUUCAUGAAACUUGGUCAGAAGAUUUGUCCCAAUAAUAUCUUGUUAUCUCAGGUGAGGGAUUUUGGGCCUUCAGGCCCUCAUGUUUUUAAAUCUAUAAAAAAAUCCAGUUUUGUAGUAAAAUCAAUUUAAAUGAUGUUAUUAUACAUGCAAGUUUAUUUUUUAAUUAUUAUUUGUAAAACUAAAUAUUCAAUACUUUCCCAAAUUGAUGUCUUAUUCCAACUUCACAUAAAACUGUGUUAAUGUAUGUAAAUCAAAUAUGUCAUAUUUGCAUCAUGCUUAAUUGGCAUAACAUAAUCAGAGCUAGGAUGGUGGAGUUUUAUGAUUAUAAUAUAUGCUUGCUGUCACUUUAAGUGAAUGAUUGCAAUUGUUAACACAGAUGCUACCCUAUUUGUGCAUUUGAUUUUUUUUUCUUAUUAUCUUGACACUUUUGAGAAAAUUUAAAAUGGAGGAAUUACUGGGUACAGAUGAUAUUUUCUUAUAUUAUUGAAAAUCAAGUUCAUUAAUAAUUGAUAUUUGUUUAUGAACAUUUAAUGUCAUUAAAUAACAUGUGCUACAUU